AUGUUCACGGCUUCUGCACGAAGCCGUCUUUCCACCACCUUCACACGGCAACGUCUUUCUCCUACCCCCUCUAUUCUCGCCAGAUCAUCCCCCAUCAUGGCUCCUCGUCGCAAUGCAUCUUCCGUCCCUGAGGGAUACAAGGAAGACCUCUCUAAGGGCAAAAUGCUCCGUUUUGAAGACUCUCUCCCUCGUCUGCCAGUCCCGUCUCUCGAGGAAACCGCCAAGCGUUACCUGAAAUCCGUCCACCCUAUCGUCACCGAUGCCGAGUACGAGCGUACCAAGAAGGCCGUCGAGGCUUUCAUUCGUCCUGGUGGCUCGGGCCAGACAUUGCAGGAGCGGUUGUUGGCGCGCGCGGCAGACCCAAAUUGCCGGAACUGGUUGACGGAGUGGUGGAAUAACGCUGCAUACUUGGGAUACCGGGACCCUGUUAUCCCCUAUGUCUCGUACUUCUAUUCGUUCAAGGAUGACCGGGCACGGCGCGAGCCUGCUAAGCGAGCGGCUUCUAUUGCCUCUGCUGCGCUGGAGUUCAAGAAGCAGGUUGACGAUGGUUCGUUGGAGCCGGAGUACAUGCGUGGCCAGCCUAUGGCUAUGGGCUCGUAUGAGUACAUGUUUAACUGCUGCCGUGUCCCUGGCGAUGGCGUCGAUGCGCCUCGCAAGUUCGCUGCUCAGGAGAAUGAGCAUAUUGUUGUUGUGCGCAAGAACCAGUUCUUCAAGGUGCCGACUGUUGUCAACGGCGAGCCCCUCAACUUCUCCGAACUGCAGAGACAGUUUGAGCGUAUCUAUGAGAUUGCGCAGCGCGCUCCCCCGGUGGGUGUCUUGACCGUUGCCAACCGGGACCUCUGGAACGAUGCCCGGAAGCAGCUGCUUGCAGCCGAUCCGGUCAACGAGCAGACACUGAAGGAUAUCGAGUCUGCUGGUUUCCUUGUCUGCCUCGAUGAUGCCACCCCCGUCACCCUGGAGGAGCGGGCCCACCAGUACUGGCACGGCGACGGCUGCAACCGCUGGUUCGACAAGCCGCUGCAGUUCAUCAUCAACGACAACGGUACUGCCGGUUUCAUGGGUGAGCACAGCAUGAUGGACGGUAGCCCCACCCACCGCUUGAACGACACCCUCAACUCCUUCAUCUUCAACAACAAGAUCGACCUCUCCGACAAGUCCGUCCGCUCCAACCUUGCUGACCCCCGCCCCAUCGAGUUCAAAGUGAACGACGCCGUGCAGGAGUCCAUCACCGCCGCCCACAAGGAGCACAGCCAGCAGAUCGGCUCGCACGAACUGGUCGUCCAGGCCUACCAGGGUUACGGAAAGGGUCUGAUCAAGAAGUUCAAGUGCAGCCCCGACGCGUACGUCCAAAUGAUCAUCCAGCUAGCGUACUUCAAGAUGUACGGCAAGAACCGUCCCACCUACGAGUCCGCCUCGACCCGUAAGUUCCAGGAGGGCCGUACGGAGACCAUCCGUACCGUCUCUGACGACAGCACCGCCUUCUGCAAGGCCCAUCAAGAUUCCUCUGUGCCCCGCGAGGAAGUCGUGCGUCUCUUCCGCACCGCUCUCGCCUCGCACACCAAGUACACCAUGGACGCCAGCGACGGCCGCGGUGUCGACCGCCACCUGUUCGGUCUGAAGAAGCUACUCAAGGACGGCGAGCAGCUGCCCGAUCUCUACCAGGACCCUGCCUACAGCUACAGUGGCUCGUGGUACCUGUCAACCAGCCAGCUGAGCUCGGAGUUCUUCAACGGAUACGGAUGGAGCCAGGUCAUCGAUGAUGGAUUCGGUAUUGCGUACAUGGUUAACGAGAACAGCCUCAACUUCAACAUCGUCUGCAAGCGCAUCGGCGCAAACCGUAUGAGCUACUACCUCAACGAGGCUGCGAAUGACCUGCGGGAUCUGCUGAUGCCUGACCUUGCGGCUCAGGCUGAAAAGGCUAAGCUGUAA